CAGCCAAUCCUAACAUCGUCAAUUCAGUGCAUCGACAACGUCGCUGUCGCUGCGAAUCCGACUACAGCCAGCGAACCCAUUGCAGAGCGUGCGUCACAGCUGCAACCGCAAACAUGUCGACUAUCGGACGUACACUCAAGAACCUGGGGAGGGUCGGCAUCAAGGACUUCUUCAAGCAGAUGAACUACAUCGGUGACACCAAGGCUGGUGCAUUGAUUGGCACCGACAGAUUCGGUAACAAGUACUUCGAGAACAACGACGAACUGCCCCUGCGGACACGAUGGGUGCAGUACGCGAGCAAGGACCCCGAUGCCGCCCAGAUCGAGCCUGGCUGGCACGCGUGGAUGUCCUACAACCUUGACAAGGCCCCGUCUCAGGACCCAACCGUGGGCUACCAGCGCCGAGAAUGGGAGGACACGGACGCCAAGACGAUCCCCAACUACACCCAGACCCGUGGCGCUUACAAGCCGUACAGCACUGUGAAGUCGAAGAUUGCCACAUGGGAGCCUGUCGCUGUUGCUCGCAAGUAGAAGGUCAAAAACUCGAGGUUAUGAGAACCACUGUACAUACUUUAUCUGACCGAAUUACAUGCUUACCGUGAUGCGGGCUUUUCCUUUGGAGUUACAAUCUCAUGCGUGUGUUCAUGGUGUGUUACAAGACCUUGUCGUUUUCAGCAAGAACUUGGAGACCCGGUGCAGUAUUAAAGUCGCGUUCAUCUUGGAAUGAAUGAAUACAUUCGCGCUGAAAGGGUG